AUGGUCAGCAACAGCGACGCUGAAGAGAAAAUAACUAUAAUACAAAAAAGGGUCUCCCGGCUCCACAGAGACACAGAUGUUCUGUUCUCGCAAGGACAGCAGACGAAGGCAUCCGUCCUUAAGCAGGAAGCUGAAGACCGGCAACAGGUCAAAGCUGCUGGAGAUAGUGCGUACGCUGCCCUGGAACGGGCUGUCCAAAGACUAGUUGAGCUGCCAAGCAGCCGUGACGAAGUCUCCGAGCAAGAUCCAAGUAUCGUGGCCAUUUUUCACCACGCCAUUGAGCAAUUCCAAGGGCUCAGCAAGACAUCGCAGACCAACACGUACCAGUUGGGAACAGCGGCGGCAAACUAUGAGAGCUUCAUCAGCGUUAUUUCUUUGCACAAUAGCAAACUGGACAGCCAGUCUUCCAGCUGGAAUCAAGAACAAAAAGCGGCCCAUGAUUCAAUGUUGGCCUGGCAAAAGAAAAAGAGCGAAUAUGACAGAAAACACCGCGAACUCUCCAAGCAGCUUAGUGACGCGCGAGACGAGCGUAGUUCAUUUGGUGGCUGGGUGUCAUCAGGCUUCAGCACUAAUCUUGACGACAAGAUCUACACAAUUGAGAAGAAGAUCGAAGAAAACAAGAAAAGGUAUGAUGAAGCUGAAGAAAAUGAGAAAUGGAACAAGAAAUUGCGCACAGAAGCGAAUUAUGGUCGAAAAGUCUGCAGGGAUCUCAAAGUCCGUAUCAAAGCUUUAGACAAAGAGUUUGCUACCGAGCUACUCCGCGUCAAUGAGAGUCAGCUGGUUGAGUCUUCUCUUUGGCGAGGUCUUCUCGAACUCAGCAGCAUGGUGGAAGACCCCAAGUUCUUAUCAAGCCGUGAUAAUAGUCUUCGGCUUGUGUUGAAGAUUCUCAAAGCUGAUGAUGAUAAGUUUGGCUCGGGAGAUCGUUACGUACAUAUUGAGGAAAGGAUCAAGUUAGCUAUCAUCGGGAGAUGGGGAGAGGAUGGUUUCAAGAAGCUCCUGGUUCCCGGAGAGCGACGAGGCCCACGAGGCUUCCUCGCCAAUGAAUAG